UUGCACGGCGCCGGCAGGAAGUGGCUCUGGGCGGCGCACGUGGGGGGUGGCGCGGCGGGAGGGCGCAUGGCGAGUUCCGCGGGGCUGGCGCUGUGCGGGCAGACGCUGGUGGUGCGGGGCGGCAGCCGCUUCCUGGCCACCUCCACUGCGAGCAGUGAUGAUGACGUCCUCUUCGCAUAUGAUUGCAGCACGGCAGCAGAGAAGUCACAAGAAAGUAAAGGGGAGGACGGGCAGCCCGCGGAUAAGGGGAGUGACACGGUUCUGGCGUCAACCUUCUCCAAGUCUGGCUCCUAUUUUGCCUUAACUGAUGACAGUAAGCGUCUGAUUCUUUUCCGUACAAAACCGUGGCAAUGUCUGAGUGUCAGGACCGUGGUGAGGAGGUGCACGGCCCUGACCUUCACAGCCUCCGAGGAGAAACUUCUGGUGGCCGACAAGUCUGGAGACGUUUAUUCCUUUUCGGUGUUGGAGCCACAGGGAUGCGGCAAACUUGAACUCGGGCACCUGUCGAUGUUGUUGGAUGUGGCCGUGAGUCCCGAUGACUGCUACGUCCUCACCGCCGACCGGGACGAGAAAAUCCGGGUGAGCUGGGCCGCGGCACCGCACAGCAUCGAGUCCUUCUGCCUCGGGCACACGGAGUUUGUGAGCCGCAUCUUCGUGGUGCCUGACCACCCCGAGCUGCUUUUGUCCGCGUCCGGGGACCGCACCCUGAGGCUCUGGGAGUACAGAAGUGGCCGAGAGCUGCACUGCUGUCACCUGACCAGCCUGCAGGAGCCAGCGGAGCCAUGGGGUGACGAGAGGUUUGCCGCCUCCAGGAUCACUUACCGGAGCCAGGACGGCUGCGUGGCGCUGCUGUGUGACUGUAUUCCCGCGGUCUACGUUUUCCAGCUCGAUGCCGCCAGACAGCAGCUGGUUUACAGACAGCGGCUGACGUUUCGGCACAGAGUGUGGGACAUCGCUUUCGAGGAGGGCCGGGGACUGUGGGUCCUGCAGGACCACCGGGAAGCCCCCCUCGUGCUCUGCAGGCCUGUGGGCGGCCAGUGGCAGGCUGCUCCUGAAGACGCCGCGGUAGAGAAAGUCUCCGCCCAUCUCCGGGGGAACUGGGCCAUGCUGGAAGGUAAGAAUGUGGGCGCAGCCUGUUUUCGGGGUGACAUCCAGAAUCGGCCAGGGGCAGAUCCCAGGCUGCGAUACACGGUAGGAAGCCGCUUUUCUGAGCAAGGAUACAGGAAGCGUGGCAUGCGUCCGUGUCCCCUCCAGAAGGCCAGUGGCUGGUUGGGGCACCGGGGGGCUGACCCACACCCACACUGGGAACGCCCAGUGUGAGCCUGCUCCAGGACCAUGAGCUACAUGGGAACCGGGGUCACAGUCGGGGCGGGGUCCACCCCUUUGCCUUCAGGGCUGCCGGUGCUGGUCCCCAGGGCGGGGCCGGUAACGGGUGCGCCUUCACUUGGAGCGUGGGGCGACUUGUGAGCCUCGAAUGUUGGCCCUGAGCGGUUCCUGGCCAUGAGGUCAGGCGUGGGGACAAUCACUGGAACCCCCGAGGGUCUUCUUGGCCCAGUGUGGGACCCAGUGUGAACCCCAGGCUGAGAGAAGGGAAGAGACCGUGGUGAGAAGGCCGAUCCCCCACCCCCCCCGAGUGGCGCUGCAGUGUGAGGAGAGUGGCCUGGCUGUCAGAGCCACGGGUCCCCGUCAGUUGAAGGGCCCGUGGGAAGCAUUGAGUGCUGCCCUCACUUAGUCCUGUCUGAGAACGUUACAAGGACAAGACCUCGCUCCGUUUUUAUUGAUAGAGGAAGGCAAGCCUUUAGCUGCGCAGCUUCUAGCGACUUCCACGAUGCUGUUCUUGGGCAGAGACUUGAGGCGACCGUGUCACAGGGAUGACUCAUGGCCAGCUUUGGGAGUCAGCUGCCUUCAUUUGAGUAAAGACGUGGUUGAGCAGAAGACACCUGUCAAAGCCUUCCCCAGGCAGAAGUCCGAGUUCUUGGAACUCAAGAGAGUCACACGUGAAUUCUGUCUGUGUUGACCCUGGCAACGACCUAAAGUCUCGUGGAAGGCGUUCUCAUGGGGAUUUGUUGGCUCUGUGUCCCAGGGUUAACUUCCAGCUUUCCUUCCGGGGUGGAAGGACUAGGGCAGUGACCGGGCUCCGUCCUCCCAGCACUGUGUGGAUUUCCUUUAGCAACACUGUCAAAUGGGCCUGUAGCAGGACUGUGUUGGGGACACUGGCGAGCCUACUCCCUGCCUGACGCUUGGCCAUCGUCCCUGCCGGGGCCUGGGGCCAGCUUGUCUUGUUGUGGAUCCCCUGGGAGGGCCAGGUCCAAGGUGGGCUUAGUUUUCCUGAAGUUCUGCAGGUAAACCAGUUUGCUCACAGCACAGGUUUGGGGAAGGUGCCGGGGGUGGGGGAAGGGACCGGGGCGGAGACACAGGGAAGGAAGGCCAGCUGAGCAUGGAAGUCCCAGAAGAGGUAGGGGACCCAGAGCAGCGGGCCCUGUGGGGUUUCUGACCGGGGUGAAGUGGACCCCGUGGGGCUGGUCUGUGGCCAUCAGGCCUCUCAACCCUUGACACUGAGCUCAGUCCGCGUCCGUUACCUUGCUGCGUAACGAGUGUCCCGUGCUCAGUGGGUGAAGGCGACAGUACUUCUUACUGGGCUGUUGGUGUGGUUCUGAGAAGAGCUCCGCUGCCCCUGGGGUGGGAUCUGAUUCCAGGUGCGCACAGUGGUUGCUGGCAGGGUCUUGGUCCCCGCAGGCCGCUGGGCCGAGGGCCUCGCUUCCUCGCUGGCUAUUGGCUGCAGGCCGCCUGCAGUCCCCAGCACAGGCGCCCCUGUGGGGCGGCUCAUACGAGCGUGUGAGCCACAGCCCUUGUGCCUCGUCUCCUGGCGAUGACCUGGCUCUGGCGUGCUGUUGGAAGCAAGUCCUGGGUCCGGCUGGCGUGGCCACCCGGAGACGGGCGUCGUGGGGGCGCCUCGGAGCAGGUGCCGCGGGUCUGCUGGGAGGUCUGGGCCGUGGCGAGUUGAUCCCCCUGCGGCAGGGCCUCGGUCCCCAUCCCACCUGGCUUCUGUUUCCGUUCCUCCUGCACAGGCGUGGCUGGCGUGGACGUCGGUUUCAGUGGUCUCUACAAGGCCACCUUUGACAACGUGACUGCCUACCUGAGGAAGAAGGAGGAGAGGCUGCAGAAGCGGCGGCAGAACCCGGCUGCUGGGCCUAACGGGCAGGCCAAGAAG